UUCAUAUCAUUUCCAUUUAGGCAUUGUAACAAGUAAUGAUGUAAAACUUCACGCCAUAUUAAUUUAAGAAUGUGUAAAUAUAAUACUUCUUAAUUUGUUACAAGUUAAUAAAGUGCCAAAGAAAAAUAUAAAGAACCUGUGAGUAUUUUCAUUAUUCUUUAAAAGGGUAGGUUAGAAUUAAAAUAUUACUUUUUCUUUCGCAUUUAAGAAAUGUAGUGGCUGUUUUUCCUAUCUUUUUAAAUGUUCGCGCGCUAAUCAGUGACUUGACGUUCGAUUCGAUAUGUGAUGUCGGUGCAGCUAAAUUCACGCAACUCUAAGCCGGACCUGCCGAACCCCUUCUCCUGUUGAUUUGUAGCGUAAAAAAUAGUUGCAAUUCGAGGUGUCCGGCUUCGCUGUGCUGUUGUGUUGCGCUGAGAAAAGAACUCAUAGGAUUGUUCAACAAACAUAGUGAAAAUGGAAGGAAAAGACGUAACCGGUAUAGAAGCGAAAUGGGAAAAAGACUUGGAGAAAGAAACUAAUCUGUCAGAGAUGUUUGAUCAUGGUUUUGAUAUGUAUAAUCAUCUUAAUAAAUUAGAUGAACCAACAAACAGCUCAAAAGUUCAGUCCACAAUCAGGCGUACAAUGAAUAUUUUUGAAAAUUGCACAAGACUUGUAUCUUUGGUGGAUAUGUUCAGUGGCAAUGAGGGCUUUGAAGAAAUACCAACUGAAAAUAUAAAAUACUUUUUACUACCUGCAUUACUUGGAACGCUGACAACUAAAAUAUGUGGUGCAGAGAAUCGCAUGCAUCUGGUGGAUGUUGCAGAAUUGUACUUUGUAGAUUUCUUAAAAAGACUGAAGUCAUAUGGACUAAUUGAUAUGGAAAUACCGGAUAUAAACCAUGAAAAAGAAGAAAAUUCUAUUGUUCCCAAGAAAUCUAAUGCUGAAAUGAUAACUGAAAUGGUGAAUACCAGAAAUACAAAAAUACAAAGAUAUCAGGAGCAAAAAGAAUUAGAAAAGAAACUUGAUGUAUUGAGGAAGAAUAUGGAUAAUCCCAACAUUGAUGAGGAGGAUAAGAGAGAAUACUUUGUUACACUUGUCAAAAUGUUUGCUAGCCAAGCUAUUGAUGAACUGAGCUCACUGGCUGCAGAGAGACCUAUAUUGGAGCAUAUGAAAAAAAUUGCUCAGGAUCCAGAAGCCAGUAAGAAGGAAUCUCAGCAGCGUAGAGUACCUUCAGCCAAACUGCAGCCAAUCAUUAUCACUCGGGAUGCCAUACAGAAAAAAGUUUAUGGAGCUGGCUAUCCAAGUCUUCCAGUAUUAACGGUGCAAGAGUUUUAUGAUCAAAAAGUUAGAGAUGGAGAGUGGCCUGAGCAGAGAAAUCAAAUCGGAUCUAACAACUUGAUGGAGAUUGCUAGUGGCAAAGUUGAUCAACGCGCGGAACAAGAUAGAGAAGAUGAAGAAAAGGAGACACAAAUUGAAAAUGAUGAUCCAGAAACUUUGGCAAGAGCAAGAGCAAUGGAUGAGUACAAAGAUGAUCACCGUCGUGGUUGGGGAAAUCGUGCAAACAGGAGUUAAACGAAUAAGGUUUUAAUACCUAUUAAUAUUUUAAAAUUAAGUAUUCUGUAAUGAAUGUAAAUUUAAUUGUAAGCAAACGUUUUUAUGGUAUUGUACUAAGGAUAAGCUUUAAUUAACAUUAGCGAUUUAUAUAUCAAGAAUGUGUAACAUAAAAUUGAUAUAACAUCACUAAGCAUUUUAUACAUUUUUAUACUUAUUUAUCGCGCUGUAAAAAAAUCAAUAAAUGAAAGUAUAGGAUAAUAGUUUUAAAUAAAACAAUUUGGUGUUGUACAUCAAAUGUAUGUGCAGAUUUCAAAUUCGCAGAACCUUGAAAGAUGCUCGUAUUGCAAGUAGA